AUUUACAAUUGAUAAAAAAUAUCACCGAUAAUGAGAAGUCUUCUGAAACACCAAUAAUUAAUUAUUCUACAGAAGAACUUGCCAUUAGAGAUACCUGGUUUUCAGCUAUUCCAAUUGAAUAUCCAGCAACAUCUAACGAAAGAGUUGUCUAUAUUUUUAAUAUAAAUCCAUCCGAUUGUAAUGCACUAUUUAAUAAUAUUCAAUAUUCGAUGGAAGGUGGAGGAGGUUCUAAUAAAAUUAAUUGUCCUUAUCUAAAUUGUUAUGUUAAAAAAGUUGUUCGCAAAUGUACUGGUGUUAAAAUUUGUGAAUAUACUAAAAAUGAAAUUAAAAAUUUAUCACAUUGUGAA